AUAGCACCGAAUUCAUCCAUCUAUGAUUGUUAGUAACACAAUAACAUGUAAAAUAAAGGAUACUUUUAAGCACGGCUGCUCAGCAACGCCAAUCGCCAAAACAAAUUCCCGCUUGCCUAUAUAUAUCCGUCAAGAACGGGCUUUCCCCCGCAACAUUAUUGUCCCAUGUGUCGUUUCCUCUGCCGCGACAUUUCUCUAAUCGUGAUGUAUUCGAUUUCCUCUCACACCUGUUAUGAACGCGCUUGCGCACGCACACGAUUUUCAAAGAUGUACCCAAAGUGACCUUUACGCCGUCUCCCCCCCAACAUGCUCCCCGUGCCAGUCACCGUAUUGCUGGUCGUCGUUGUUGGCCUGGUCAACAGUCAGGUCGGCGCCAGUCCGGUCUCAGCCAAGCCUCAGCAGACAAUCAGCGACCCCAGCGAUCACGCCAGCGGCAGCCCCGCCGCAGACCUUUCGCCCUCCCCAGACGCCGGCAAUACAACCGACCAGCUGAAUUUCGCCCAGCCUAAUCAGAAAUUUGUCCCUCCCGCGAGCACCGACACCGCCGUUUACGCCACCUACUGGCCCAAGUUCGUCCUGCCGAAUCCGCCCGGCAGCGCCCCUCCAGGUCAACGGCAGGGUCCGUUCGGUGUGGAGGGCGGCCAGCCGAACGACGCCCGCGUGCCUCUCCACCAGGCCAAGAUCCCGACGUCCGUCCCGCCGGAGCAUUCCCGCCUCACCUACCGGUGGCCGUUAAUGGACACUGAAAACGACAGCCCGGACAAAGAAUAUCAAAUCCACUUUAACAAGCGGAAGGAUGUCCCUUCGAAUGAGAUGAACUCCGUGGCGGACUAUGUGGAUCUGCCGGAUGUGGAGCCGAGUGAGAUCUAUAUGCCGAUGGUGAAUGCCAAGAAUAAGCACGGAACAAGUCCCCCAGUGGCCUAUAUCCUCAGAAAUGAAUCUGAGGCCAACAGCACAGACGCCUGCAUCACGGAGAUCGUCCACCGCAGUGCCACCACAAUCCUCUUCGACUUCAUUUUGCAGGACGGCAGCCAGCUGGACCUGGAUGGCUUCGAGGUGAAGUACGCGCUGGCUGAUCAGCCCUUCGAGCACGCCGCCACCCGUUUCCUGGACUGCUACUCGCCCUACAUCAUCACCGGUCUGCAGCCCAGCCAGCGCUACCGGUUUCGCGUUAAUACCCGCGUCAGCGGCCGCGACGGCUCCGGGCAGACCUGCGCCGAAUUCCUAAUCGACAUGCCGAAAGUGGGCGCGCCGCUGAUACCCAAGGCAGCGCUGUCCAGUACGGUGUCCUUCAAGUUUCUGUCGGAGGCGGCCAUUAAGGGUGAGGCCACAACGACGGCCCCAGCACCAAGAAGUCCGCCCCAGCACCCCGUACCGCCGACAUCGUGAAGCUGAACUUCAUCACGGACUGCGGGAGCGCUUCUGCGUAAACGUCUUUGUUUCAAAAAUAACGUAAAAUGCACUAAAAAUAUUGUAAAAUUAUUUAAAAUUACCGUAUUGGCAUGCUAUGCCGCCUAUGCGGAAGUCGCACCGCGACAACCGCACUAGAUGACCAAACCUACUCAAUUGGUAGAGUGGGAAUGCGCUCUGGACUCCGUAAGUGGUACGCGAACUACCUACUUCCGUUAGGUACGAGCGGAUAGCUGUACCUAACGAAAGUUACCGAAACCGAAACACUCAGGAACUUCCCAAUGUUUAUUCACCAAACAAAAACGAACAAGCAAACAGAAAAGAACAGAACGAGAUAUGAACUUUCUUCUAACCUAGAGUCACUCAGACCUUUCAGCUGGGAACAGGCUCACAGAUUUAGUUGAAGUUAGAAACUUCAGACUGAUUCGUUAAACUUAAACCAGACUGAUUCGUUAAACCAGAAUCAUGGAUGGAAUUAGCGAUCAAAUGCGUUAGAUAAAAACAGCAAAUCGUACGUAACAGAACACACAGACGUACGUCAUAACACGUACGUAAUACGCGCAAUCUACGCAUAGCGCGUUAGUAUAAUGUAUAGAAACACCCUUAAAAAUUAUCAGUGUUGCUUUUGCAGCGAUUGUCACCGGAAGUGUGGAGAACCCCGGAUUCACUCUGUGAUCAUAAACAGACACGCCGGGGCGGAGCUAUCGCCAAAUGGCGGCAUAAUUGAUGGACGCUUCUCUGUGUAAUUUGUACUUUACCCGUAUAAUGAGCUCGUUUCUCUCACAAUGUUAUGUUUCUUCCAGAACAUGCUUUUUAACUCGUUUUCGGCGAUUCACGUCAUGAUUGUUGUCUUGUGCGUUGUGCCUUUUUAUUGUUCUUCUAAUCUUAUUUUGUUAUUAAGCUAAACUGGACGAUUAAUGGUAAAUAUUAAAAUUCCAGUG